UUUUUUCGUAACCAUCUGCGUAUUUACGGGCCGGGCGAAAGAAUGAGCGAGCUGUUUCCUGAUUCUCUGGAACUUUCGGUGUCGGUCUCCUGCAGUCCGGCUGCGUUUUGAAUCGUGGCCGUUAAACGGCCCUUUGUUCUGCCCGGGGAGGGUGCCCGCUACAUCCACCUUGGUGCCAGCCCUUUGAAUGAAGAUGGAUUGCGAGCCGAACCGGGCGCGCCUGAUGUGUAUGCUGUGGCUGACAUUCGGCUUCUUCGUGCUGGAGGUGGUGGUGAGCCGGCUGACCAACUCGCUGUCCAUGCUGUCCGACUCCUUCCACAUGCUGUCGGAUGUCAUCGCGCUGGUGGUAGCCCUCAUAGCCGUGCGUUUCGCUGCCAAGACCCAGUCGACGGCCAAGAACACGUUCGGCUGGAUCCGGGCCGAGGUGAUGGGCGCUCUGGUCAACGCUGUCUUCCUCACCGCCCUCUGCUUCACCAUCGUGCUGGAGGCCAUCGAGCGGUUCAGCGAGCCGCGUGAGAUCCAGAACUCCUUGGUGGUGAUCGGGGUGGGAGCGGCUGGGCUGCUGGUCAACCUGCUGGGGCUCUGCUUGUUCCACGGCAGCGGGAGCGGCAGCGGGCCGGGCUCGGCCCACGGCCACUCACACAGCUCCAGCGUGGAGAACGGCCACUGGUUCCGUAGGAAGAAGAGGAGCGACGCCGGGAAUCUGACCGGCAACAGCGACAGUCAGGAGGUCAACGUGCUGGUGAACAGCGGCAGCGCCAUCAACGGCUUGAACCCCGACAAGCAGGACGUGUUCAGCACUCACAGAAGCGGCGACCACCGGCUUGUUAACGAUUUACUGAUGGAGAAUAAUGUGACAGGCCUGCAGCUGAAUGGGAUUUCUGUCCUUGAUGACCAUCUUGAUGAAUUUGUAGAAGAUUCUGCAUCACAGCUAAAUAUGCGUGGGGUUUUUCUCCAUGUGUUGGGCGAUGCUCUGGGUUCAGUCAUCGUUGUGGUUAAUGCAGUGAUAUUUUACUUUGUUUGGAACCCAUGUCCUGAAAAUGGUCCAUGCAUUAAUCCUUGUCACAAUGAACAAUGUGAAAAUCGACCUCUAAAUGGCACGCAGUCAAACAUAUCUGAAAAUCUCAAAAGCAUUCCAGAAGCUGGACCCUGCUGGGUGCUUUUCUUGGAUCCCACUUUGUGCUGUAUUAUGGUUUGUAUCUUGCUCUAUACAACCUAUCCACUUUUGAAGGAAUCUGCUCUGAUUCUGCUGCAAACGGUUCCUAAGCAAAUAGAUGUGGAGUUGAUAAAUGAAAAGCUGCGCAACCUGGAGGGUGUCCUUGCUGUACAUGAGCUGCACGUUUGGCAGUUAGCUGGCAGUAGAAUCAUUGCAACAGCUCACAUCAAAUGUCGUGAUCCAACUGCUUAUAUGGAUGUAGCUAAACGUAUCAAAGACUUCUUCCAUGAUGAAGGUAUCCAUGCUACAACCAUUCAACCAGAAUUUGCUUCAGUGAACUCUGAAUCACGUACUUCUCUUUGUGAACUGCCGUGCAAGACUCAGUGUGCCUUAAAACAAUGCUGUGGCAAUGGAGAAAAAUCAUCUGGUGAUUUAAAGUUGGAAACUCCAUCUGCCCAUUCUCUUGAGGUUAUCAGGGAAUCUCCUGAACACCCCAUUGCAAGGACUGAAAGAAAUGAGAUGGGGAAUAAUGCAGUAAAAUGCAAAGACACACAAUAUGAAUCAGCUGUGUAAAGUUAGCCAUUCUAAUUUUGAAAAGUGAUGUACUUUACUGACUUUAUAUUUUGGGGUUGUCAACUGGAAUUGGCACUAAGCUGAAAUAACUGUGGGUAAUGCAACUAUAUUGAACUUUUUCCACGGCUCUGAUCUGUUUAUCGCACAUUCCAAAGCAAAACUGUGGACUUUUGUCUAGAAACUACUUGAACAUGUUAUCACAGCUUUUUGAGAAGCAUUGUGGAUAGUCCAUCACUGACUGUGUCAGCAAAAAAUUGUAUUUAAUUAUUAAUAAAGCCAGUAGCAUUUUGGGAAAUUUAAGAUUUUUUUUAUAUAAGCAAUUUUGUAUAGGUUGAUGUAGAAACUUUACGUCAAUUUACAAAAUCCACUGUUCUCACCAAAAGAGCUGCUGGUGUAUAAAACUGGGUUUGAUUUGGGUGGGUGGGAAGGUCGUAUUGUGGAAAUACUCCAAAUGAAGCCAGAGUAUUAAACAUAACAAUUAGUAUUAUGCAUGGGUAGUUUGUGUGCUACAAAAUAGUGACAUUUUCUCCUUGCAAACUCCAAGAAUGCAUUUAUUGUAAUUCUUUAAUUUAUUAGAACACAAAUGUUUCUGAUGCAGAAUGAUCUUUAUUAAUUCUUGUUUCUAUCCUGUUGAUUAUAGUUGAUAAUUGUAGGUAAUGUUUUUAAUGCUCUGAUGUAAUUGUAUCUCAUGGUACAAAUGCUUGUCUGGGAUGGUGUGCAAUUGCUUUCUUCUGGACCAGCAUCUUGUGCAAAUAUACAAAAAUAUAUGCAAAUAAAUGCUGUGGAUUUUCUUCAGAAAAAUGAAAAACAAACCUGUGAGUCAAACUUCUAAACUAGUGUGUUCAUCUGUGCUUUGCAAACAGUUUGGGGCUGUAACAUUGUUCUGUUUGGUGCCCUGUUGUCAACUUUUAGUUUCACUUUUGGAAUUGUUUCUUAACAGUGAUUCUAUUGAAUGGUACUUUGGACACAAUCCACUGUUGUGUUCCAUGCACAACUCUGCUUAGGUUGCAGGCCCCUUUUUGAAGGACCAAGUAGAGCAACUGCUAUUGCGUUUCGGUCAUACAGUCUUAUAAUAUCAGAAAUGGGUGUAAUGGCUGGAAAGGGUUAUUUUCUACAUGAGAAUUUUAUAUAUAAGAGUAUAAUUUUUUUGCCUUAAAAUGAGGGAAAUAUAAUAUUUGCAAGUACAGUAAAAUUUCUUUAACUGCAAUGGUAGAUUUAAACGAACACGUUCCAGUGAGUUAGCCUAAAUAUGAAAUGCAGUACAAAAAAAAAGAAUUUUAUGAUUUUUUUUGGACUAUUGCUCUGAAUUUUGGGAGCUAAUGACAAAUCCUGUUGAGUUUAAUGUUAUAAAUCAUAUUCUAAUCCCAACCAUUUUAAAUUGGUUUCAUUAUUUUUGUAGUGGUUUCUUGAUCAUCCUUUUCUGUUCUUUUUUGUGUAAUGGUGCAUUUGGAUUUUAAUACAAUGCUACCUACAGAAGUAACACUUGUGAUGUGCAACUUAAGAGCGUUAGUCCACAUGAAAAUUUUCAAGCUAAGGUUCUAAAUGCUAAUUGCAUGAAGCCGUGAGGCUAGAUUGAAGAGAUGUGUAGAUUUUGACCAGGUUUUCAGCAAAGCCAAAUGAGCAUACACAAGUUUAAUACUAAUAAUAUUCCAGCUAGGGGAAAAAUACCUGUCUAUUGUUUGAAAUGUUGUUGUAUCUAGGUUUAAUUACACCAGGAUUGAAAUAUGGUACUGGUAAUUUACAGAUGCAUUACUGAUUUGUGACAGGUUUUCAGAUGAUAAGUGAAGUGCAUUCCUUGAAUACAAACUUUGGGUUGAAUUUUCUGCUAAUAUUUUUGCGGGGGGGGGGGGAAGCAAUCCUAUUCAUUGUUUUUCAGUCUAAGGGGGUGUUUGCGUUGGGGGAAUAUGUUCAGACUUGAGUCCUGAUUGUAUCUGUUUAGUGCAAAUCUUUUCAUGGUAAUGAAUUAAAAAACGAUCUAAAAUCCUCAUGGAAGGAAGCAGCUAAAAAAUUUCAUAAGGUAUGUGGCGUGUAAAAUACAAACAACCAACUGCAUUCAAAUGGUUUAUGGAAUUUUUUUUGCAUUAUUAAAUGCAUUACUAUA